AUGCUGCCUAGUCAACCAUUAAACCACGGUAGAUACUGGUGGGGAUCACCUCUCGACUAUUCUCGAUUCGCCUGGCCUGCACCUCCUCCCCCUCCUGCUGCCGAAGCUGCUGUUGGGGCCGCUGAAGGAGCUGCUUCUCAUCUCGCUUCUGGCGCUGCUGGCGGUGUUCCUCCCCGAGGACCUUGGGGAGGAUAUCAUCAUCAUUAUUAUGGUGGAUAUGGUAGAUAUGGUAGAAGAUGGGGAAGAAGACCUGGAGGGAGGUUGUUCUUCUUACUGUUAGGUAUCGGUGGUACUGCCUGGUAUUUUAAAGCCAAAGAACAUCGAAGGGAGUACGAACGACGAAUGAUCGAAUCUUCUUCCUCUUCUUCCAACGACACUUCAUCUUCAGGUUCGCCUGGUCAACCUGGAUGGGGAAGAGGUCAUUGCCGAUGGAAUCAACGACAUCAAUCACCUCCAUCACCCCCUGCACCAGUAGAUCACGAAACUCCAGUUUAUACCAACGCUGGUUCACCUCAAAUCCAGCCUCAAGCUACUGCAGAUGAAAAUAAGAUGGCGUGGGGGUGGAAAUCAUGGAAAGAACGUAAACAAGCUAGAGAAGAAGCUUGGAAAGCUGCCCGAGAAACAUAUUUUCAACAAUUACAAUCAUCCCCAUCACCAUCAUCAAUUUUGUCACAGGAAGAAAUUAAACCCCAAAAUCCAGAAAUGUCAUCGUCCUCUAAUAGCUACCAAGGAGAGAUGAAUAAGCUGAGAGAGGUUGUAGAGAAAUUAUGGGAGGAAAAGAAAGGUGAUGCCAAGGUUGUUCAGGAUAAUGCUAAUGAAAAGGCAAAGGAAUAUGCUAGAGAGAAAUUAGAUAAAUUGAGUGCUGCGUUGGAUACUCUCAGGGAAUCGUUGAAGACAGGUUCGGAGACGAAAGGUAGAGAGUCUGAAUCGGGGAAGAAAUGGGUUUGA